AUGCAGGUUCUGAAAGACGUUCGGCAGAUCAAGAGCUGUGGAAGAGCUUAUGCUGCGAUCCUUGGGGAUGGAUCUGUGGUGUGCUGGGGCAGUCGUCGGGCUGGUAGCUGCAAGACCGUUGAGGCGCGGCUGAAGGGUGUGCAGCAGAUCCAAGCCACUUCGGAUUCUUUUGCUGCUAUCCUCUCGGAUGGCUCGGUCGUGACAUGGGGAGAGGAGAAUUAUGGGGGUGACAGCAGCCACGUCGAGGCGCAACUGAAGAAUGUGCAGCAGCUUCAAGCCACGGAUUUUGCUUUUGCUGCUCUCCUCGAGGAUGGAUCUGUGGUGACCUGGGGCACUUCCGGCUGUGGUGGUGACAGUAGUUCUGUGCAACAGCACCUCCAUGGGGUGCAUCAGAUCCAAGCUUCGCAUCGUGCGUUUGCCGCUAUCCGCAACGAUGGAUGUGUCGUGACUUGGGGUGAUGCCGGAUGGGGUGGCAACAGCCACGCUGUGCAAGGCCAGCUGAACAGUCGUCCGCUUUGA